UUUCUUCUCCCCCACCCCCUUCCAGGAGAGGAUUAAAAGUUCCAAGAACUGGUACCGCCAGUGUCACUUGGGUACUCGCCGGUGAGUUCCCAGUCUCAGCCAUGUGCACCAACAUAGUUUACGAGUGGCUGAAAGCGUUACAGCUCCCGCAGUACGCUGAGUCCUUCGUGGAUAAUGGUUACGAUGACCUGGAAGUGUGCAAGCAGAUCGGAGACCCGGACCUGGACGCCAUCGGGGUACUGGCUCCGGCGCACCGCCGGCGCAUCCUGGAGGCUGUGCGCCGGCUGCGGGAGCAGGACGCGGCCGCCGCCGGCCUCUACUUCACGCUGGAACCGCAGCCAGUGCCACCCGCACCGCAGGUGGACGCUGUGCCACCAGGCCGCCGGGGGGAGUCAUGUGGCGGCUCGGCCCAGGGCACUCGCGGGGACCCCCGUGGUCAGACGAGCGCUCCCCGCAGCAGGGAGCUGGUGAGCUACCCCAAGCUGAAGCUGAAGAUCAUGAUCCGGGAUAAGCUGGUCCGCGAUGGUAUCCACCUGAGCAAGCCCCCGUACUCGCGCAAGGUCCCAAUGGCCGGCAUCCUAGCGUACUUAAUGAAUUGGCCGAAGUCAUCACAGAACCGCUAGCUAUGAUUUUUGAGAGCCCGUGGAGGACUGAUGAGGUGCUGAAGACUGGAAAAGGGCAUAUUUAGACUCUCCUUUCACAAAGGGAACUGGAUGAUGAUGGUGACUCUGGAAACACUCAUCAGCUUAAAUUUUUGGCUUGGAAAGUUCUGGAAUAACCAACUUAGUAAGCUGAAUAACUUACGUGUAGCUAGUGUAAGGCAGCAACGUGCUGCCCACGAAAAUCCAUUGAACUUGGUUUAAAAGGACACUCCAUGAGGGACUAAGUUCAAUACAUCUCUUGGAAUUUCUCUCCUUUGCUCUUUGAAUUUUUCAUUGUAAUAGAUGGGGUUAAGACUUGUGGGUAAUUACUAAUUUUAAGUAUACUAUACCAAAAAAGGUUUCUUACAAUAGAUAAUUAAUUAUAUCACUUUCAAGUUAGCCUCUAUCUCGAGAACAGUAACUUUCAUUUUAUAUUUUAACAAACAAGUUAUUCUACUUUGGCUAGAGCUCUGUUUUUAUUAAGUUGUGAUAUGUCGUAUAAUCCUAUAUAAAGUAGUUUGGUGAAGGAACUCUUACUUUAGGUGCUUCAUAUGGUGAGUUCACAUAUAAAUAGAAGCAGAAUACUGACAGUUUAAGGAAGAAAUUCUUUUCUAACUUUUUAAAUUUAAUCUGGUGGAGGUAUGUUGUUCCAUUAGGAGUGCUGUGUCCUGACAUGAUAUUGAACACAUGAGUUGUUUCAUUCUUCCUUGCCCGGAGUCUUCCCCAGCCCCCCACUUCCCAAGUUGCCUUGUAUCAUCUCCCUCUCUUUAGUAGACUUCUGAUACCAGUUUUGGGGCAGGGACGUGACCUGUGGCAGUAGGCAAGAGGAGCCUUGUCCAUGGACCAGUACUUGAGGAAGAUAGAGGGAAAUGGGUGGGAGUGAGGAAAUUAACACGAAUCUGGAGUUUGGGGGUUUGUUUUAUUUUCCAUGUCUCAUCGUUAUUCCCUUUGGAUGUUGUUAGUUUGAGUUCCUGCUAAGAAAAUGCAAGAGUGAAGAUAGGGUCUGAUCUUAGAUGAGAGAAGGCUAUGGGAGAUUAAACAAUGCCAGCAAGCUGUGGGGGCUAGCAAGUUGAGAGAGCCCCUCAGCUGUCCUGUACCGUGGAAUUGUCCCUUCACCACUCAGAAGUACAUCAAAGAUGCAGGCUUAUGUCACUAAAAUUAUGGACAAGAACAGGAAACCUUUAAAGGCAAGAGAUUGGCAUUCAGCUUGUGUCUGGGAACAGGUAGGCAAUUAAGAAGGGAUGAGAUUUCCAGAGGCAUUCCUGGCACAAAUACUGUUUUUAAAAUCUAAAAUUUAAACACUCGAGCUGCUUUCAGAGAUUAAUUUAUCACUCUGUAAAGCCUUUCUCGAGAUUAAGUACAGAUGUAAGGAAAUUAACUCCCAAGAGCAUGUUGUGAGUGGCUCCUUCUCCAAUACAAUCAACUGCUCCGUCACCUUUUCAAAUAAGCUGUUCUUUAAGAUACCUGUUAGACUUUCUUAUUUUGAAGAGGUGUGGGUGUCUGCAUAGACCACUGAUAUGAUUUAUUGUGAUAAUGAAUUGCUUCCUGGUUGAGACCUCAUUUCCAGGUGCCACCUCCGUGACGGAUUUAUUUCACAGAUGUCCAUUUGCAUGCAUUUGUUGAACUGUGGCUAGUAAGGACCCAAUUUCUGAAAAAAAAAUCUAUUAUUUACCCUAGAGGCAAUAAGAAUAAAAUCCUUUGCAACCAAAAAGGGCUCUCACGUCCUUUUAAGUUUUAUUUUCCAUUUCAGUGAUGUCCGACUUCAAUUAUUGGGCUGAAUUUAAAUCUUGUUUCUACGCCACAUUGGAAUUCGAAAUUAACAAUAGCCUACCUAAAUUAUGAGUCACAAUUUAAGAUGGUAGAAUAGCCAGUGGGUCUGAAAGGUUUCUUGGGUAAAGAAAGGAGAAUAAAGCUCCACGGAGAGAAUCAGUGAGAAGGAGCUUGCUAUUUUUUUCCUGUGCAUUAAAUCAAAAUGAGGUAAGACAGCAUACCAAAGGAACUCUGCCCUUGAAUUGUUCUAUAGGGACUUAUCUUUAGGAAGAGUCAAUUUAUCAGCAUGUCUUUUCCUUUUAUCUAAAUACUGGUGAUUUCAUUAAUAUCUGAAUGUAAAAAAUGAAAAUAUGAUAACAGCAAGACUUGCGCCUUGAUAUGUCAAUUCAUAGUUCCCAUGCAAAUCAGAUUCUAAGUGACAGGGUCUUAUUUUAUAAUAUUGAGAGGCUUAGAGAAUCACAGCAAAAUUUUCUUCAUCUUAAAAAAAUUGGGAGUGUAUGAAGAAAUCCAACUCAUGCAAAAUAUUGCUUCAUCAAGUAGAGUGGCACACAUCUGUAAUCCCAGCUGAAUUCCAAGUUCGAGGCCAGCCUGGGCUAUGUAAUGAGAAUUCUGUCUCCAUAAACAAAUCAGAACAAAACAGAAUAAAAUAGGUGGGACUAUGGAGAGAGCUCAGUUAGUCAAGUUUGUGCCAUGAAAGCAUGAGGACCAAUGUUUGAGCCCUAGAAGAUACCACGUAAAAAAGCCAGGUAUAGCAGUAUGCACUGGGGAGGACAAGAUGACAGACCCCUGGGGCUUGCUGGCUGGUCAUUCUAGCCUACUUAGUGAGUCAGUCAUAGGCCAAUGAGGGACCCUGUGCCAAAACAAUCAAAGCAGAAAAUCCAAAACAAGAUGUUCCUGUAGAGCAACACCUGAAGCUGACCUACACAUGAGUAUGUAUGUGCGCACUUGCGCACACACGCACACACAUACACAUACACGUGAAAACACAAUUAGGGAGGGAGGAAGAGAAGGAGGAGGAAAAGAGAGAUAUUUCUGGGCAUAAAGAAAAUAACAAUUUAAGGAAAAAAAUAAAGCCAAAAAUCUCAGAAGCAAAUGUAUAGCCAUACAAGAUAGUAGCUUCUCAGUCCAGAAAAUCAAGUAUUUUUUUAGAUCAGAGAAGUUUGCAUCAUGGUUGGUAAUUUGAACUACAGGAGGACAGGGAGCAUGAGGGCUUCCUUUGAAAUUACUCAAAUCAUAGUUCAGAUUCUAGAACAAUCCCAGUAGUGCUUUAUUGAGCCAACACUCCAAGGUACACAAACUCUACGGUAGCUUGAGGAACCAUUGCAAAUAACACUGAAACUUAAAGCUUCUUUUCUUUCAUCCAUAAAAUGGCAAAAAUAAAUAUCCCUUCCACUUAAGAAGCUUAGGAGUUCUGCAGCUUAUAUCUAUUUUCAGUCCUGGGCUCAGACAUGGCAUCAGCAAGCAUUGACUGUCUCUCUCCCUACCCCUUCCUGAAUGUCAGUGAUUUUCUUCAUUUCUUUUUAUGUGGAAGAGAUUACUUAAAACCAACUAGAGAACCAAGUAUAUAUUGCCAUGUUCUGCUGUUGUUCAUUUAAAAAGGCCUUUUGCUUUUGAGGGGGGCUCAGAAAAAGCUACCCCCUGUUAUCAUACUAGGAGUUCAGUGAAUGAUUAGUAGCGGAAUGAAGAGAGUUUGAUUUAACAAUAGGCUGGGAGAUGGCUUAGUCAGUGAGAUGCUGCCCUUUGAAGCACACAGAGCUAGUUAGACCCCAGAAUCCUCAUUUAGAAAGGACAAGUCUUUGUAAUCCAUUGCUGGAGAGGUGGAGACCAUUGGACCCCUGGAGCUAGCCUGGCCUACUUGAUGAGCUCCAGGUCAGUGAGGGACCCUUGUCUUUCUCUCACAUGUCCAUAAGGUAGAUGGAAUCUGACGUACAAUAUCUGAGGUUGUCUUUUGACCUGCACACACACCUCCUGCUCUAACAUACACACACAUACACACACACUAGAAAGGGUUCAAAUUGUCUGG